GUUGUAGAACUGACAAGUGUAAUGUUACCUGAGUGUGGAAGGCUUAAGCGUAGUCUAUUAUUUAUGUGAAAGUGAAGUAAAUUGACUGAACAGUGUAAGGCUAACUUACUACUUAGUGGAGUAAAAUAUGGAGCAAUUAGAAGAUGGUCUAUAUCAGUUUUUCACCCAGAUAUCUCAUCUUUGUUUUGAUAAGGGACAGGAACUAAUUGACAAGGAGAAAGAGUCUGCUCCUCCUGGCCCAUACAAAACGCUUCUCAAUCAAAUGCCAAAUUUGAUUACAGCAGAACGUUCGUAUAUAAACUUGGGUUUUGUUACAACUAAGAACAAAAUAUUUUUGAGAAAAGAUAAUUCUGUACGCUCGCUGUACGAGAGUCUGAGGUCAGAGCUGACUCGGCUCGAGGAGACAAGUGGGGGUGAUGUUGUGUCAUCAGUUGCUUCUCAGACCUGUCGAUACAUCAAUGCUCGCCUACAACUCAUUGAUGUGUAUGAGAAGAUGUACGCCAUGGGUAUAAGCAACAAGAUGAUGAAGUAUGAGGAGCUAUUGAGUCUGGUGGAAGCUGUAAUAGAUCUCCAUUCUCUUGCUCUAACUCACGUUGCUCUUACAGCCUUGAAAACUGCCAUCAGUCUAGAGUGUGAGAUUUUGAUGCUGCUAUUGAGAGCACAGAUGGAUCUACAAAACUGGAGGUUUCUGUCAACUUUACUCAAUUUGCAUGGUGCCAACACUAGAAUAUCAGCCUGGGAGAAGAUACUUCAAAACAGAGAUUCGUGGAAGCUGGGUUUUGGAGCAUCUUUCCUGAAAGUGAAUGCAUUGCCGCCGUUGGUGCAGUGGUUGGUGAAACUGAAAAUGUCGAUAGUAAACAAGUUCACACUGUAUUUCCACCAUACCCUGAUGCAGCAGACAACACCAAUUGAAUUCAAAACCAUCUGCAGCAAGCACAAUAUUGAGGGAUUCCACAAGUUACAGGGCCUGCAGCGGCGGUAUGAUGCCAUGACAGUUAUGUUGCUGUUCGAUCCAGCUGGGGUAUCAGACUAUGGACCUGCCUAUCAGAGCCCUUCCCACAUUGAGGCAAAGUCUGCUGAACCUUACAUCAUCAUGGUGUACUGUCCUAUAAAAUUAUUGGAGCAGUUGCCCACAAUCAGCAAGGCUAUCAGUGAGAAAUCAGCUGAUUUGGCUACCAUGGACCGUGUCGUCUGCUGCUACAGUACCAAGGAUCAGAGUUCCUACUUCAUGACCAGCCUGGACCCAAGAGUCACUCUAGUUUUCGUGUUUGAUUCCAAAAAGGAUGAAAAAGAAACAUCAUUGUGUAAAAAUAUAAUGGAACUCAGUGUUCAGCUAAGAACUAGCAACAGUGUUUUCUCUAAACUUAAAUUAAAUAACAAGUGAAACAGAUUUUUGUAUACGGUCAGUGAAACACUGUUCUCUGUUGAGAAAGUUGAAUUUGUUGGAAAGUUGGAUCUAUAAAUGGAUAGCAGAUUUACGUAUUCAGGUGUUUAUCCUAAAAAUACCUAAUGAAAAUGCAUAUAUUAUAUAUUUACGGAACAAUUUUACAGAAGAGAUUUUGUGAAUUUGUAGAGUUUAUCAGGAAGAAUUGCUGUGGACAUUUGUCUUUAUAUUAAAUGUUACAACCAAACUAAAACUAUAAGCCUUGAGAUUUGCCUUGUCUUUUUUUUAAACUCUCUAGAGUUUUGCCGUAAUAUUAAAUUAAAUUUCCAUUUAGAGUGUAAUAGAUUAUUAGUAAUAUAUACAUAUAAUCCUAAACACUACGUUUGAUCAUAAUUUAGUGAAUACGCAUGAAUUAUUUUGUUGUUUAAAUAACAAUUGGCUCUCACCAUAGUUUAAAGUGUACUGUAAUUUGUAUAACGAAAUAUCUUAACCAUUUCAGUUUCAUAUCUGAUAGUACCAGACUCUUAUAUCAGUUUCAGCCAAUCACUGUUUAGUUAAAUGUUGUCACACUUUAACCCAGUAAUAGCAGACAGUUCACUAGACAAUAUGUUAGUUGGGAAAUGAUUGCCAAGCUUAAAAUGUUAAUGAGGUGUUGUCCUCAAGUUUAUUGUUAAUUAAAAUGUGACAGUGUUCCUACAGAUUUAUUUUUUAUAAAGAUUUUAUUUAUUCACAA